UCCGGUGCAGCGGCGGCGUUGUGUUGAAGCUAUGGUGGAGACAUGCUAACCGUUCAGCUACCGUGACAUGAGUUGUUGUUUUAGCUCUGGCGCUAGCUACCGUGGGCGGUAAACAGAACCACGACAACAUGAGCUCCCGGGAAAGGUUUCGGCUGUAAAACACGGCGUUCUUUUAUCCUUCGGGCUCACCGUGUGGAGGAUGACGGUCCUGAACUUGUCCUUUGCUGCGUGUGGUUUUUUGGGGAUCUACCAGCUGGGAGCAGUGGGAGCUUUCCUCCGCCACGGAGACCGGCUGCUGGGAUCCCUCGGGGCCUGCGCCGGGGCAUCGGCCGGCGCCCUGGUGGCUGCAGUGAUGAUCACGGCGCCCAACAAGUUAGAGAAUUGUAAAGAGUUCACGUACCGGUUUGCUGACAGCGUGAGACGGCAGCCGUUUGGAGGCGCCACGCCGGGAUACGACUUCCUGCUCACACUACGGGAGGGGAUAGAAGAGAUCCUGCCCAGCGAGGCUCACCGUCUGGCCGCCGGCCGCCUCCACGUCUCCGUCACUAACUCCAGAAGUGGCCACAACCAGAUCCUGUCCCGGUUCUCCUCCAGGGAGGAACUCAUACAGGCUCUGCUGGCCAGCAGCUUUGUGCCGUUCUACGCAGGACUCCACCCGGUGGAGUUACGGGGACAGAAAUGGAUGGAUGGAGGGUUCUCCGACAGCCUGCCUAUCCUGCCGCUGGGCCGGACCAUCACUGUGUCUCCGUUUGCCGGACUGCAGGACGUGUGUCCCGUCCACAGGGGGCGCUCCAACACUCAACUCAAACUGGCCAACAUGAACAUAAUGCUCUCCGUGGAAAACCUGAAACGUCUGAACCGGGCUCUGUUCCCCCCGUCCAGCGCCGGCAUGCAGGCGUUGUGUGAAGAAGGUUUCAAAGACGCGGUGGGCUUCCUGAAGAGAGAGGACUGGAUGAGCUCAUAACGCUCAGUUUGAUUCUACACAAGCCUGGAGCCAAGUACCUUUAAUGAGAUGUAAUUAAGGAUUUUAUGGAUUUUACUGUAUUUAUGGACUGUUAGUUUUUUAAUAAAAGGGGCUACCGGAGGAGUUUUGAGAUCUUUAGUCAAAAGAGACUUGACCCUCGUUUGUUUAAAUAAGUUAACACACACAUAUCCAUUAUA